CUCCAUACCUUUCAGCAAGGUCAUUCAGGAACAGCUGACAAAAUGGCGUGUCGGCGAGCGCUCAGAGCGCAUAGCCCUUGCCGACAACCAUUUGCUGUUCAAUUACUCAGGUUAAUUAAGGGUUGUGGAUGUGCCGUGAGGAAUUUUCACACAAACAAAACUGCAUAUAAUAAAUGCCAGUUUGGAUUUUUGUUUGACAUUGAUGGCGUCAUUGUACGAGGAAGAAAGCCGUUGCCACACGCCAAGGAAGCUUUUCAGUUGCUAGCACAGGAUGGACAGUUCAAAGUCCCAACCUUAUUUGUUACAAAUGCUGGCAACUCACUUCGUUCGAGAAAAGCUCAGCAGCUUUCAGAAUGGCUUGGAAUUCAGGUCACAGAAGACCAAGUUGUCAUGUCUCAUAGUCCUCUGAAGAUGUUUCGUCAAUUUCAUGAUAAGCAUGUUCUUGUGAAUGGCCAAGGUCCUGUCAAAGCAAUAGCACAAAACAUUGGCUUCACCAAUGUAACCACAGUGGAGGAGCUUUCUCAUCGAUUUCCUGAUCUAGAUAAAAUGGAUCACCAAAGAAAGAAGGCAGCUCCCUGUGCAUUUGAAGAGUUCUUCCCUAAAAUAGAAGCUGUGAUUCUGUUUGGGGAGCCAGUCAGGUGGGAAACACCUAUGCAACUUAUCAUGGAUGUUCUCUUGACAGAUGGACAACCAUCAAAUGACCUGCCAGAUAUACCAUACCCGCACCUGCCUGUAUUAGCUUGUAACAUGGAUCUAUUGUGGAUGGCCGAGAAUAGGUUGCCAAGAUUAGGUCAUGGAUGUUUCAUGAAUGCAUUGGAGGGAUUAUAUCAGAAAAUCACUGGUAAAGAAAUGAAGUACACAGCCUUGAUAGGCAAGCCAAGUGAGAUCACCUACCACCACGCUGACUAUCUCCUGACACAGCAGGCCAAACUCUUGGGAGUUCCACAAAUACGAAGGAUUUACUGUGUAGGUGAUAAUCCAACCACAGAUAUAUAUGGUGGCAACUUGUAUAAUAGAUAUUUACAACGUAGAAGGAAAGAUUCCAACACACCCAGUCAAACAGCUUCCAAGAAACGUCGGGUGGCUUCCCACAGGGCUGACGAUGAGUUUCUGGAUGAAGACAAUGACGAUGAGGAUGACAUGGACACUUCCAUAUACCAGCGAGACUCUGGGGCCAACAUGCGGGUCAUUAAGUCCCUGGAGGAGGAUAAGUCUGGUGUGGAGAAGGCCCUGAGCUGCGAGACUAUUCUGGUGUGCACCGGGGUGUUUAAGAAGGGGACCGAGACCACUGCUCUGCUUAGCCCUCGGCUCAUCUGCAACCACAACCACAGGGACUUCGUUAUAGACCCCAUGCUCAUUAACCCAACUCAUGUCGUGCCUGAUGUACUGGAAGCUGUCAAACUUGUGUUUGAGAAAGAGACCUACCCAUAAAACCAUUUUUUUUUUUUAACGUUGUAAAAAGUGAGACAAGAUUGACCUGACCUUAUGUAAGUGCUCAUUCAGGCGUGUUAGUCCUAACAAGCCCUUGGUUAUUUCAGUCUUGUACGUCUAAGUAUUUCAUGAACUUAAGUGGUGCAAUGGACAUGCGUUCAAGAAGAUGUGAAUACGUGAUAUGUUAAAAGCUUAAGGCAGAACGCAGGAAAGAAUAAGUGGCUGCAGAUUUUUUUGAAACAAAUGAGAUAGUCAUAGGGCUAAGAUUAGUAUUAACAAGCCCAAUCAAAUAAAUGGCACUCUACUCAUUCACAUCCACAAUACUCUGUACAUUGUCAUUGGUUUACUUUGAUGUUUGUUGACUUAACAAAUCCUACGCAAAUGUUUGUCCUAGUUUAGGGUUGCACUGACAGCUCAUCAAGCGACAUGAACAUGCUUCAGCCUCUGUACAUUGCCACAAUCCUAUUUGUGUAGAUGUUACUGUUACUGAUAAACAAUCCUUUCAUGUUCUACAUUUUACUUGUAGACAUUAGUUGGCCUUGUAUUAAACAGUAUAACUGCAAACAACUUGUGGGCAAUGUUUAGUUUCCUUUGAGCAGUGCUGAUAUUAAUACUCAACACUGAAAGCAGUGUCUAGUGAACUGUUCAGAAACAUGUGUUUUUGUCAAGUUUGCUAAAUAACAUGUUAGUAUUUGUUUCAUGUUAAUAUUUGUUUCUCAUGCUGAUAUUUUGUUAGCUGUAUUUUGCAUGAAAGCUGUGUUCCAUUUGCUAAUUGCUGGCAUAACAAAGUGCCAGUAGUGAUAUGUUUUUACAGCUUAAUAAUAUUGUUAGUGACAUGCAAGCUGUAACUGUUUUAUAAUAAGUACCAAUGUACCUUUUAAGUAAUGAAAGUUUUUAAACUCUUGCUAAUAAUACAAGCGUAUCGUUCCUUACGACCCUCUAGAUCUGGUCUCUUUGUGUACAUCAUCAUUGUUUUUGUUAAUACAUUUGACAUCAGGGAUUCUUGUACAUAGUCUAGUUCAAAAUGUUCACACCAAAAUGUCUGUGGUACAUAAUCUGUGAAAAACAAAAUCUUUUAUACUUGCUUGUGUUCCGAAAGAGUCACUCAUUUCCAUAUGCUAGCUACCAAAGUUGUGCUUCACAAAGACUGCUGUUCCAUUGGAACCUCACUACAUUCUGCUCUGGUUAUUUCGCCUAAUUUUGCCACUUUGUCAUUGCUCUGGUUCAAAACAUUUGUACAUUUCUAGUAGGUAGGACCCUUCUGUGUUCGUGUUUAACAAAAAAAGUGAUAACCAUUUUGAGAUUGGCGAAAUGUCUUGUGUGCUAUGUUUUUCUGACUUGACUAUUGUUUGUUAUGCCAGUAUACAAUCCUCAGUUUAGUUAGCAAUAGUCUAGAUUUUUAAUGAUAUUUCACAAGAGAAUGUUGAACAUAUUUUUUUUUUGUUUCAAAGUCAUUGACAGCGUUGCACGUUAUUGUUGUAUGGUAUUAUCACUGUCAUAAUGGCUCUGAUUAAAUGGCUAAUCAACUCCUAGGUCUGUUAAAUCAUCUAUAUGUUUGCAAUAAUAGAUAAUUAUGAUUGAUUUAAGAGUGAUCUAUUUAUAGAAUAUAAAUAUUUCAGAAGUACAUACAUAACAAUUUACAUUUUUCUUGCCACAUGACAUUUAUGUAAAUUGGUUGCUGGUGUUGUCAUUUACUUGUACAUUGGUCAUUUUUGUGUGUGUGUGUACAACAACAUUUCAAUGUUCUCUUUAUUUUCUUUCAUUCUCUUAUUUUCUUUGAUUCUCUUAUAGUCAGUUUUACACUCAAUAAUAUUUUUUUGUAGCCCUUAUUCUUUGAAACUUGUAUAAUGUCUUACUUUUUUUAUUACCUUUUCUGUAUGUACUUCAUCUUUCACUAACUCACUUUGACCCUUGACUAGUCAGGGUGUUUUGAUUCACUUUGACCCUUGACUAGUCAGGGUGUUUUGAUUCACUUUGAUCCUUGACUAGUCAGGGUGUUUUGAUUCACUUUGAUCCUUGACUAGUCAGGGUGUUUUGAUUCACUUUGACCCUUGACUAGUCAGGGUGCUUUGAUUCACUUUGAUCCUUGACUAGUCAGGGUGCUUUGAUUCACUUUGAUCCUUGACUUGUCUAAUACUUUUGACCCUUGACUAGUCAGGGUGUUUUGAUUCACUUUGAUAAUUGACUUGUCUAAUACUUUUGACCCUUGACUAGUCAGGGUGUUUUGAUUCACUUUGAUCCUUGACUAGUCAGGGUGCUUUGAUUCACUUUGACCCUUGACUAGUCAGGGUGCUUUGAUUCACUUUGAUCCUUGACUUGUCUAAUACUUUUGACCCUUGACUAGUCAGGGUGUUUUGAUUCACUUUGAGCCUUGACUUGUCUUGAGUGCUUUGAUGAACCAAUCAACUCUGGUUAUCCACUACUCUUUAUUAUGAAAGUAUUUUCUAAAAAAAAACAACAACUUCAGAACUUGAUCAAACCAUGUUUUUUUUUUUUUAUUUUUUUUUAUUUAUGCUGCAUUCAAUGCUAUCAAAGGAAGAUUAUAAAACUUGAUAAUGGACAUAAAAAUUUCAGAAUAUUUAAUUAGUAUUCUUGUAAAGCUUUCUCUACAUUUUAUGAAACAAACCUUUCACAUUGUGCACAUCAUCUGGUGAGAAAUCCUCUUUUUUUUGGUAGUUAGUACAUAAAGGCAGUAUUAAAUGUCUGGAUUCUAUCCUGGUGUCUGAUAGAGAAGAUUUACCUUUUAAAAAUUAAGUUGUAAGUUUUUAAAAUGUUGUAGUUUAACACGGAUACAAGUUGGAUGUGGCAUUUUUGUACGUUAGUAAACUUCUUUUGAAUCUUAGUUCCUCUUUAACGCAGUUUAUACACCAUAGCUUGAUAGUUGCAUCCAAAUCUGGGGUUUUAGAUCUUCCACUUCUUUUGAUCAAGUUUGAUAAUGGAACUGAAAAGAUUCUCUCCCCUUUUCUCUGCUCUUAGUCAGUUUCUGCUCUUAGUCAGUUAGAUUCCAUUGAAACAAUAAGGACAAUUGAAUGGAACACUUUGUUUCAUAAAAGUAUUUUGAGUCAGCAAAUAAGUUGAAAAUGUACUAAUGAUUCCUUUGUGUUUGUUAUGAAACCACAGCAAAAUAAUAUUUUUUUUUUUUUCAAAAUUUCUUUUCCAGUUUGAUGAAACCCAAAGACUUUAAUAUUUGUGUUUGAUUUUCCUGAAUUGAUUGCUCUGAUUUUCCUGAAUUAAUUGCUCUUUUUGCCCAAAUAACGCAGGUUUAUUCAUAAAUAUUUAUUUUUUAUUGCUAGUUUGUUCAUCUGUUUGGAUACUCUCAUUCUUGUAAGCAUUUGAAUGUGAUGUGAAUAUCUCUGUAGUUCUCUCCACUUUUACAGUCCACUUAUUUGUCCCACAAGUUCUCUUACAGACUUGUCACAAUUUUUGUUUGUUUGUAUUCUUCCAACUAAUCUGGUGGCUUCUAAUUAUUGUUCUCAACAGUCUACACAGAUUUAUACUUGUUAUUUUGAACCAUCUGACAUGUGUGAUCUCUCUUUGAUGUAUUUUUUUUUUAAUGUUUAUUUCUUUGUGUUCAAACCCUACCAGCUAAAACCCAUCACAUAGAGAUUAUUAAAGUUUUGUAUGUCAAUAAAAUGUGGCAUUUAUGAAACCAAUAAUUUUUCUUAAAUUACAAGAACUGACUACUGUUGCGACUGUUUGCUUAUAUGUAGAGCAAUGUAUCACAAUACAUUAUUCAUACUAAAUAUUUAUGUGAAGAUCUUUUAUUGUGUGUACAUAUUAAAGGUGUCUCCAUACAUGGAUGUUGGUGACAAGAGCUGUCAGAAAAUAGUUGGUUACUUUUGUCAUCUACUCCAAUGUUUACAUUAAAUCUAUGAUUGAAAUCA